AUGAUGGGGUCUUUAUUAAAAUCACUAGAUUCUGAGAAGCCGAGUUCAGAGAAAGCAUCUAGUUUGCUUCGUCCAGAGAUAGAAAUUCAGCGAUCAGAUGGUAAACUAGAAAGAUUCUCUGACUUAGACAACUCAGAUGAAAACUUGUUCAACUCUAGAAAACCAAGCACUAAUGAAUCUCACAUCUUAAAUAAUGAUCCAAACAAGUUUGGGACAGCUAGACCUCAUCAUUGCAUAAAUUUUGACGAAAGCUCAACUGCUAGUUCAGAUACCUUGGAUUUAAGCAUCAUUACUCCUAUUCAAUAUAAAUCUGAAAGUAGUUUUAAUAGUGUUGCCGCUCUAGCCAAUUGCAGCAACGCUCCAAAAAAAUCCAAUCAAAGAAAAAAUCAAAAAAAAUGAAAAAAGGCGAAGAAAAGGACAGAUUUUUCUCAAAGCAUUAUACCUGCUACUGAUUUUCCUGAAAUCUCUCCAGAUUUUACAACAGUCUACUCAGAAUUUAUCACAUUUAUUCUGACCUACAGCCCUCUUCUACCAAAGAUUAAGCCAACAGCAAUACCAAAAACAUUCGAAAACACAUCUGUUUACAGAUCUCAUUUCGAGCCUGCAUUUUAUAUAGAAUUUGACGCAAUUCUAAGGCAAGCCUUAGACGAAGCUUUUCUGUCAAAUAACUAUCUUCUAACUCCCCCCUUCCAUGAGUGAACAAAAAAAUUUUGUUCACUCACAGAGGGGGGUUAAUUUUUUGUUUUUUAAAAUAUUUAUAUAUAAAUUUUUUAAGAAAAAAUUUUGUUUCGAAUUUAAAAAAAUCCUAAUUCGCAAAAAUUGGAAAGCAAAUAUUAAUUUAAUUUAUAAAAUUUAUGUUUUAAAAAGCGAAUUGUUUAAAAUUAAACAGAAUUAGCUCUAGAUUUCAUUAUAAUAAUUAUCACUUAUAUAUCAAAAAUUUUUUCCAUAAAAAAUUUUUGUUUGGGGGGGAAGUAAGCUUGAAAAUGCAAGAGAAUUUAGCCACACUAUCAAUUAAAGGCUCAAAUGAAGCUAAAUUUGAGAAUGAGGUGUGCGUAAAUGAUAUUGUUUUAAUCAUACCUGAACAAAAUAGAUAUCCUAUAAAUUUCGAAGAGUUGACUGACUAUAAUGUCUGUUGGACUUUAGGAUUGAUAAAUAAAAGAAUAGAGAGGAAUAAAAAGAAAACUCAUGAAAUAAUUGAGAUUUUUCUUAAUGCAGAUAGAGGAACUGAUCUCAAAUAUAACAGAAAAUACAUGAUAACAGUCAUUGGGAACGUUACAUCUUUAAAGAGAGAAUUUUCAGUGCUUGAUAAGAUUGAUCAGUUUUCAUUUAGAGAACAAAUUCUUUGUCCUCAAACAUAUACUGUAUUAAAUUAAAUAAGAUUGCGAGUUAAAAUAAGCAAGAAUAAAAUUUAAGCAUUUAUGGCAUAUAUUUUUAAGUAAAUUCAAUUAAUUAUAGUAUACAAGCCAAGUAGCGAGAAAACUAUCCCCAAUGAAUUUACAAAAGCAAUCCAAAAUAAAUACAAUAAGUCUCAAGUAAAAGCAAUAAAAAAUUCAAUUAAUUCUGAUGGAAAAAUAUCUCUAAUUCAAGGGCCUCCUGGAACUGGAAAAACAACAACCGUUGUAGGUAUUUUAUCAGGGCUCUAUGCAAUUAAUGAAAAUGCCAAGGUAUUAAUUUGCGCUCAAAGUAAUGCAGCAGUCAACGAAAUUGCCUCAACAACACUGAAAAAAGGAAUUUUUGAUAUAAAUGGGAAUAAAAGAGAUGAUAUUUCUUUGUUGAGGAUUGGAGAAAAGAAACAAAAGCAUGAGUUGGGUGUUGAAGAAGAAGUGAAAACUGCAAGCGAAAUAGAAAUGAGCAUAAGUUCUAUUAAAUUGAACGUGAUUGUUGAAAAAAAGCUAAAUGAAGAAGGUCUCUAUGACCCUUCAUUAGACAUAACAAAAAUAAUUGGAAAACUGGAAAAAAUAGAAAAACAAAUGGAAAAGCUGCAAAAAGGAGCAAAAUAUGAUGCUAUGGAAGAUCUUGAAACUGAAUUCAAUUUACUUUCUGACGAUCUUAAAGAGUUGAAAAAACUAAAAUCCAAGUAUUUUUAUAAAAAAGAGCUAUACAAAGCUGAAACAAUCAGGGCUGCAGAUGUUAUUUUUUGUACCUUAAAUCUCCUACUCAUUUAUUAAUGAGCAGAGAUCUAUAGUUUUUAUGAAAAAAUUUUAGUUUUUAUAAGAAAUUGUUACAUCGCUCUGGUUAAUUUAAAAUUUACCUCGAUUAUGUUUUCAAUAGUAUAAAACACUUUUUAGCACUGAUAAAAAGAAUAUUUGUUUUUAGAUGCUUUCUUUAUCCAAUUUUCUAUGCUUAACCGAAAUUCUUAUAAAAAAAUUUUAAAAAUUGAAAAGUAAAAACAUUUGUUAAAUUAAUUUAUCCGAUUAAUAGACAUUAAAAAGAUCUCAUUAUUAAAUUGGAAGAGAGUAAGCGGAGCUGGCUCUUAUAUAGUCACGCAAAAUAUCAACUCAGUUGACUAUCUAAUUAUCGAUGAAGCCUGUCAAAGUUUAGAGCUUAGUACUCUUAUCCCAUUUCAAUAUAAUCCUAAGUCAGUCAUACUAAUUGGAGAUCCCAAGCAGCUCCCAGCCACAACUUUUUCAGAAAAAUCAAAAAUAAACAAAUAUGAUAGAUCCUUUUUUGAAAGGAUGAUGUCUUGCAGCAUUAACCCUUCACUAUUAAGAGAACAGUACAGAAUGGUAAAAGAAAUCAGCGAUUUUACCAGCAAAACAUUUUAUAAAAAUCAAAUCCAGACCGGGAAUAGUAUAAAAUCUCGUCUUAUACCAAAAUGGGUAUAUCCUGAAGGGCUAUUCUUUUUUAAUCUUACCAAGUCCAAAGAAGUAAUGGCAAAUGACUCUAUGAGCUAUUUUAACGACUCUGAAGCUCAGUUUGUAUUAAGUGCCUAUGCAUUGCUUAGAAAGAGAAUUGGUAACAAUGACGCUCAUAUAGGAAUAAUUUCUCCUUAUCAAGGACAAGUUCGGCAUAUUGAAAAAUUAUUAUUUAAAAGAUAUGGAGAUUCUUGGAAAAAAAAUUGUGAAGUAAGUUCUGUGGAUGGUUUCCAAGGAAGAGAAGUAGACGUCGUCAUUUUUAGUGCUGUUAGAUCUGGAAAAACAAUUGGAUUCCUUAAAGAUGAGAGGAGAAUGAAUGUAGCUAUCAGCAGAGCGAAGUAUGGAAUGUACGCCAUUGGAAAUGAAGCUUGCUUGUCAAGUAAUCUCAAAUGGAGAAGCCUUAUUGAUUAUUGCAAAGAAAUUAGAAAGUAUCAGUCUUGUAAAACUUUUGAAGGUGGUAAGCAUAUCUUUAAUAAGCAAUAA